CAUCUUGCCUCUCAUAUCCUCAGAUUGCUGCUGUCAGCCGCUGCCAGCUCCGUGUUGUUGUAGUAAAUAAUGGCGGCAUCGGGACGGGGAUUAUCCCCUCCCGCUACCGUGGCGGGCUUGAGCAUGCAAGCGCCGGCUCGGGCUCGCUUCCCGGGUCGGCCGUGCACUGUUCGCAGCAGGCUGCGCUCGGAGAAACGUAUCAAAUGCGGAAGGUUGGGCUCGGACGACGGGGAUCUGGCUUCUGAAGGGCCGAGGCCCGUAAACAUCGGCCUGGCGUUGAGCGAGGACCCGGCCCUGCUGCGCCUGCUCGGGGUGUGGGAGAAGCACAGCAGACAGAGAGAUGCGGGCUUCAUGUCCAGUGAAGAGGAGGAGGACGUUUUCACUGGAUUUGGGACCACCACAGGUAGUCCACAGAAAGCUCCUAGGUCGUCUUUACUCAGCCGAGCAAAGCUUCCCCUAGCUUCAGACCGCUCUCUGGAAGUAAAGCCUCUAUUAGGAAAAAUUAUACCUAAGAAUCCAAAAUCGUCUCUUAUUGGAAAAAUUGUGUCCAGACUUCCUAAAGAAGACCAUGGUUUCAUAGAGAGCCGAUCUAAAGACGAAGAUAUACCCAAGAUGCUGAUUAAACUGCGCGGCAAGCAGGUAGCUCCUACUGUAGUAGCCAAACAUGCAAUCGCGCAGGCCUCAGAUAGACAGAGCAGUACAAGAGCAGCAGACUUUAUUAGGAGAGCAGGAAAAUCAGCAUACUCCCGCAACAUGCGAAACCAAACAGCCGCUACCUCAGCUGGUGGCACCAGGCAAGCUUCCAAGGUCAAAGAACCAGGCGAGGUGUCUGAGGAUUCAGAUACGGACCAAUCUCAGCCACAGAGAUCUGUGAAACGCAGGAUUGGGCACACCAGACGCACCUCCCAAGCAGCAGCUCUGUCGUUCACAUCCUUUCAGAAACGGCAGAGGAAGAGAAUGGCUAAGGGUAUGGGUGCCUCUCCAGAGGCCGGAGCUGAGGCCCAGAGUGGAGACGAAGCAGCAAUGCCACUCAAGAGUAAAGCCACAGAUUCCCCUGAAAAAAUAGUACUCAAAAGGCAACGCAAAAAAUCUCUGUAUGGGCACAAGCGAAAGCCGAAGCCAAACAAUUCACCAGAAGUUAGACGUCCGAAAGUUUGUCGUAUUCGAACUAGGCAUGUUUUUUACACCUAUGUAACGGAGCCCAUUCCAGCCCCACUGACUCCGGGUGGGAACCAGCAGCAGCAGCAGCUGCAGAGUCAGAGUAUCGCCCCAUCUGAGGGUGACCCCAACACCUCCACUACUGUAACGAGUGGACGGUCCUCCCGCGUCAUCAAAACUCCAAAGAGGUUCCUGGACGAGGAAAUUAUCCCCUUUCCGAAGGGUUCUCUGGCAACAUGGCAGAAGAGUCAACAGAGAGAGGAUGGAAAACCAAGUCCAUCAUACCAUGACCCGAGUUAUGAUGGCAACUUGCUGCAGUCAGACUGUGACUCUACAUCUGUGACCGACAGCCCGUCUGCAAAGUUCCCAUCAAAGCCCAGGCCAGGCACGAGCCACCUCGAGAUUUACAAGAACCUUAAGAAACUGACCUUGAAACUGGCGGAGAAAAAGAAAGGCCACUCAGACACUGAAGGGAGCUAUCAACAAAGUGGCGACGGGUUGACCUCUCACGUCAGGAAGAAGCGGCGGUCGAAGCUCAUGAUGGAGGAGAUGGAUGCGCCGGGUGUUGUCAGGAAACUAGCCGUGUUGGUGAAUGCUGAUGUGGCAGCCCCCUCAAGUACGCCGCCAGGAGAUACAGGCAGCAACACUACAGAUGAAGCGGGAGGCGUUCCCGGGGAGAACAAUGAGGCGGUGGAAGUCAGCGGUCCCAGCUAUCGCAUUGGUCUCAGUGGAGCUAAUAAGACCAUGCUCCACCUGCUGAAGAAAGCCAAAGUUCAGCUCAUCAAAAUUGAUCAGCAGAAGCAGCUGAAGAUGUCGCAGUUGGGCUCAGGAGAAUCACGAGUGCCAGUGACGAGAAGGAGGAGGAGGAGGAGAGUUGGCUUAUCUCCCAAAGAUAAAAAUUCUGAGGAGCAGCCGCUAGGUGGGCCGAGGAUCAAACAUGUGUGUCGGGCAGCAGCAGUGGCUCUGGGUCAGCCCCGCGCCUUGGUGCCAGACGAUAUCCCCAGACUCAGCGCCCUGCCGCUCCACGAGAGAGAGGGCAUCACCUUUUCUCCCGCAGCAGAAGAUGUGGCCGAUGAUGACGAUGAGAUGCCUGAUCCGGGCCGGGAUCAGUGGUUUGUCACUCAGAAUCACAUUCAGAGGAGGAGGAGGGUCCGGGGGAGGGGGAGGGGCCAAAUGUUCAGGAAGAAGAAGAAGGCCCAGGGUCAAUAUGCCAUUGGGGGAGUCCGCUCCCGGCGCUGUGGAUGCUGCGAGGGCUGUUUGAUAGAGGAGGACUGCGCAGAGUGCACCAACUGCCUUGAUAAGCCCAAGUUCGGGGGGCCCAACACCAAGCGGCAGUGUUGCGUAUAUAGGAAGUGUGAUCGGAUUGAGAAAGCGAGGAUGGAUCGCGUCAUCAAACCAUUGAAACUCAGGGCAAGGCAUUUCCUCCGCCCCGUGUCAGGCAGUGAGGAUACGAGCUGGAAAUCUAGAGUCGCAGCCGAGGGAUCGACAUCGAAGGCGCCUGCCCUCAGGAAACAUUCUCUACGUAACAUCACGCCCCGCUCCUACAGCAGCCUGCUGAAGUCUGAAUCUGAGGAUGAGGAGGGAGUAGAAGACAAGUACAAGGCUGAUAAAUCGCCAGUUAAGAUGGCUGUAGCCUCUGAUAACAAGCAAGAUGGAGGAACGCUACCAGGCGACCCUCCGACUGAGAUGCCGAAGCCUCGCCGGCUGUUCUCCAAAGGACCCGGGACCAAACCCAGAGCUAACAAGGAACAGGAGAACACGGAGCCGAUGGAGUCCAGAGACACUUUACCAGAAACCAGCCCAUCCAGAAGCCCGAAGCUGGAGCGGCAGCUACAAAUACACUUACACCGCCUGCCUGAUAAUACCCCGCAGUCCGCUCUGUUUUUGCAAAAGCAGUGCCCCCAGUGUCCGGAUGUUGGUGCUGCAAAGUCACCUCCGAUAUUGACCCAGCUAAUGACGCAGCCUGCUAUUUCACAUUCAUCACAUUCCACACCGCAGUGCUCUCCAGAACUUCCCCAGCCUGUAACACAUGCCGCUUCUCCACCUUCCCCAGCAUCCCCCCAUCCCAUAACAGAACCCUCAAAGAAAUCCCUUUUGUUACGAUUGCCCCGCUUGCCUAAGACUCUGGCGGAAUCAGCCUUGCAAUUGCACAAAAUUAUCCCAUCAUCUCAAGAACAACAACAAGAACCCCAGUCCACACUGCAGUCUGCUGUGACAGAGGUUUCGUCAAAGUUGUUUUUUCAGGAACAUCCAGAGUCUGAGGUGCAGCCCCCGGAUGUUUUGCCUGAGACGCACACAGCAAACAAAGAUAAAACUGUUCAAGUGCUCCCUCAGACCGUCCAUCCACACACAGAGUUACAGGAGGGCCAGCUAAAGGAGCGGGAGGACAGGCCAGUGGAUCAGCCUCAAAAGGAGGAGGAGGAGGACGGUUCUGUAAAAACUGACACACAAUAUGUCCUUCGUUCCCAGAAUCCUGCAGAGUGUGCAUCAGGGAACAGCCUGACUGGGUUAACCAACGGUUUUCCCCAAAAAGGCCUGUUGCAGAACAAGUACAAGAUUCGUGUGGACUUCAAGGAAGACUGUGCUGUCCAGAACGUGUGGCUGAUGGGCGGCCUGAGCGUCCUCACGUCCGUCCCCACCACCCCACAACCUGUCUGCCUGCUGUGUGCCAGUAAAGGACGACAUGAGAUGAUAUUCUGCCAGAUCUGCUGUGAGCCUUUCCACAGUUUCUGCCUCUCAUCCGAGGAGCGCCCCCAGGAGGAGAACAAGGAGAACUGGUGCUGCAGGCGCUGCAAGUUCUGUCACGUGUGUGGCCGUCGAAGCAAGAGCACAAAGCCAGUGUUGCAGUGCAUGAGAUGCCAAACCUCCUACCACCCCUCCUGCUUGGGACCAACCUACCCCAAACCUAUGAACUGCAGCAUGCCUUGGGUGUGCAUGACAUGCAUUCGUUGUAAAAGCUGCGGCGUGACUCCUGGAAAGUCCUGGGACUUGGACUGGAACCACGAGCAGGAUCUUUGUCCUGACUGCUCUUCUCUCCACAAAAAAGGUAAUUUCUGCACCGUCUGCAACACGUGCUACAACGCCAAUGAUCAACACACACAGAUGAUUCAGUGUUCGCAGUGCAGCCACUGGAUCCAUUACACAUGUGAAGGACUUUCAGAUGAGCUGGUUGGGAUGCUGUCGAGCCAAACGGAGAAAGUGUUUUUCAGCUGCUCCCCCUGCAGAGGGCAGCCGACUGAAGGCAGCAGCUUGAAGGUGGAGCUGCAGGGGAGGCUGGUGGACGGGCUGGAGGAGGUGCUCACUGACCUCCUCUCCCACAACACCACACAGCACCUCCUCAAGUGCAAAAUGUGUCGGGAAACAAACAACACACAACUUAUCAGGGAACAGCAACCAGUGUGUGAUCUACAAGCCAUGGAAAACAAGUUUCAAGUGGGCGGAUACAGCUCAAUAAAAUCUUUCCAUGCGGAUGUUGUCUCUGUGAUGAGGAAAGCGCUGAAGGAGGAAGAGCUUCUCCCCGAGGAGCUGAGACCCACCAGUCAGGCCGGGGAACGCUAUGUCAAAGUCGUUGAGCAGAUGUUCAGUUGGUUUCCUGCAAGCCAACUGAAAAAGUGGAACUUGUCAUCUGGAGAAUUACCAAGUGGCAUGCUCCCUGAAGCAGUCCUCCCUCCAUCUAAGGAGCACAGCUAUGCGCAGUGGAUGGAACGGACAUACCAGCCCAAAGAGCCCAGGGGCCCACAGGCGGGGAAAACUGAGUCUGUGGUUUCCUCAGUCACGACACAGCAGUUCGGUGUACCGCACGACCGCACUCUGUAUUCACAUGAUGUAAAAGGUGAUCUGAAUAGUACCAACACUGGAGAUAUGAGGCAGUGUGCCCUGUGCCAACAAAAUGGAGAUUAUCCUCCCAGGGAUGCAGGGCGGCUGCUGUACUUGGGACAGAAUGAGUGGGCUCACAUUAACUGCUGCCUCUGGUCUGCAGAGGUGUAUGAGGAUAACUGUGCUCUUUUACAAGUGCACAGCGCUGUCUCAAGAGGGCGCCACCUGCGCUGUGAUCGUUGUGGGCAGUCAGGAGCCACGGUGGGCUGCUGUCUCUCCACCUGCCAGAGUAAUUUCCACUUCAUGUGUGCACGUGCCCAGCACUGUGUGUUUCAGCGGGACAGGAAGAUGUUCUGCUUCAAACACAGAGAUCUUGUCAGUGUGAAGACGGUGUCUGGGAAGGGGUUUGAAGUCGCUCGGCGGGUAUACGUGGACUUUGAUGGGAUCACUCUCAGAAGAAAGUUCCUCACAGGCCUGGAGCCAGAAACCAUAAACAUGACCAUAGGCUCUCUGCAGAUUCAGAAACUUGGUGUGUUAUCAGAGCUGUCGUCAAAUGGGAGGAUGCUGUAUCCCGUCGGCUAUCAAUGUUCCCGGCUGUACUGGAGCACUGUGGACCCUCGCAGACGCUGCAAGUACACAUGUAAAGUGACAGAAGUUAGCACGCCUCUGCCUGGCGAGGAACAAGAUCCACGGUGGGACAAUGAAGAUAAUCACACCAUAAUCCACAGCCCCAACCACCACAGAGAUAUGGAGUCCCCGGAGCGUUUAAGCUCGUCAACCAGCCCAGUGAAGUCCGCUACUCCAUCACCAAACUUCAAACAGCACAACACACCCGGGUCCAAAAGUCCUGGUUACACACAGACCAGGAAACCAGCAGGAGGGUCAUCUCGACCUCUUCCAUCUCCAGGGUCCGCUCUUCCCAAAUCGCAUCACAUCCUGACACUGAGGGACCUGGAGGACACGCGGCGGCCUCGCAGGCUCUCAUCAAGAAGCCGCUGCAGUUCCUCGCCAACAGACAGCGACCCGUCUGUGCCGAUGACCCUCCGCUCUGGAGGCACCAUCCAAUCCAGGUGUGCUCUGUUCAGCUCCCCUCCAAGGACAUCCAAUUUGGGGCCAGCGUCUCCUCCUCUGUCACGACAAAACUCAGUAUCACCACCAGUCUGGAGCUCACCACCCCGAUCCAACUCCAGCAUUACUGCAGGGCUGUCACCUCGGCAAGGAGCCAUCACACACUCCCCCAGAGGGAGGCAGAACUUUAAAAUCACCACACCCAUUUCUGCAGAAGUUCCUCAGGACUUCCUAGCAUCGUCUGAGGCAGAAGACGCAGCAGUGGCCACGACCAAUGGGAUCUCACUAGCACCUGGUAACCUAGAGGAGGAGGUGGCCCACCUGAUGGCCCAGGAGUUGCCGUACACGGUGUUCGACACGGACACAGAGGUAGCCGUGGCCUCCAUGCUGAACGCUAAGCUUGACUUUGACGAGGCUCUGCUUACUGAGAACGUUGGCCUUCACUGUGUAGCACCGGGCGGGAGGGAAGAGGUGGAAAACAUAGUGCAAGAUUUGCAGAUGCAAGAAGACCACCGGGAUAAUGACUCUGAAGUUGAAGACUCAAGCCAUUACUUUAAAUUUGCCCGCACAGUUGUGUGUGAUGCAGCUAGCAGCUCGGACGCCUCAGCACAGCUCACUUCAACGCAGUCCAUCUCCCAGUUAGAUGGAGCGGACGGAGGGUCGGACAGUGAUGAAAGCGAAACGAUCGAUGAUGAAGCUCGGGAGCAUACAGAAAUAGAACAUGGAGGGAGUCAGAUCCACAGCACACAUAAUACACCAACUAAGCAGCUGACAGUCACUCUUCAGAGGCUGGAUUCAAUCUACAGCAUGCCAAAGUCAAGCCAUGACCUUGAGGUACAUGAAAGUACUCCACCAUGUGAUAUCCUUGAAAAUAGUUAUGAAAAUGACGAGGUGUCAGUUCAGGAGGAAGAAGUUCCCAUGAGCUUUGAAACGCCAACAGCUCAAGCAGAUCUGUUUCUGGAUUCCACCACAGGCCAUUUUACUUCUUCUGAAGUUGUCACUGAAGUUGGCACUGAAGUUGUCACUGAAGUUGGCACUGAAGUUGUCACUGAAGUUGGCACUGAAGUUAGCACUGCUGUGUGCACGAAUAAUAUUGAAUUAGGCCUCAAAGAAGACAGCUGCUCAUCGGUCGACUCUGUUGAAGGGUUUAAAGAUGAUUUGAAAGACCUUGACUACUCUCCAGAUCGUGCUGAGGGUCAGGAGCGUAAAACCAAAAAGUCUCCCACAGCGCCGAUGAAAGCAAUCAUCAUAAAGACAAAAUGUCCACCAACAAACCUUCAUCGCUUGUCGCCAAAACCUUGUCUUCCACAGCAGCGCACCUUCAAAAUGAUGUUGCCACCUCGGCCUGUACAGAUUGUAAACAAUGCUUCCCCCGCUGUUGUCACUGUUCCUCGCACAAUCACCUCCCCGAUCAUGAUCAAUGGUUUAAACGUACCCAUUCAGGCUGCUGCCACACAGGGAAGAACCAUCGCCAUUCGCCUGGACAACCCGACAGGAAGUCAGCAGCAGGUUGCGAUUCAGAAUCAAGCCGCAUCGACUAGCUCGCCGGCUCCCGCCCCUCAGGUCCUGUUGGUCAACCGACAGGGUCAGAUCCUGAUCAAAGACCCGAGAUCCAACACUUAUCAGACCCUCAGCACAAAUUCUCCUGCCUACAAUAAAAUAAGCCAGAUUGCCAAGAUUCUCCACAGCGGGAAUGCUUUGCAGCGCUCGGUCCCUCGUGUUGUGAUAAAGCCGCGGUCCAGCCUCUCAACCACAAUCGUCCCCUCCGUCAGUAACAACACCUCAACCACAGAGAGAAAAAUCAUCGUCAGAGUGAUGCCUAUGAAAAGCGCUGCAGCUGCCACGACCCCGGUGACCCUGCAGACGGCCCUGCAGACGACCCUGCAGACGACCCUGCAGACGGCCCUGCAGAAGGCCCAGCAGACGGCCCAGCAGACGAUCCCUGACGCACGUUUCUCUAGCAUUGAAGCGAGCACAGCCCAGGCUAUCAUCGACAGAGCCAUGGCCACCCACCGCGAAGUGCCAAAGACUACACCCCUCAUCCUCAGUAAAUCUUGCCGGCCAAAGGUCAGAAAGCCAUUGCCGGUUCAGGCUUCAGAGGUCUCAGAUCAGUCACCAGCUGCACGUUCAGAAUCCCACAGCAGUUUAGUAAUCGAACCAGCACUAGCCUCGUCAUCACGCCAGCAGGUCAGAGUCAAGAGAGUGUCGGCGGUGUCCGAACGACCCUCCAAUAAGAAAUCCAAGAUGGACUUUUUGAGGGAUCCCUCAAGUGAGCUGGAUCAAGUUAAUGAAGCUAGACCGAGUGGUGUGAGGAUUAAAGCUCCAUCAAUGAAGGACAUCCUUGAUAUGGACCAGGAAAAAAUGUCACAUGAGCCUGAGCAGUUAAGGAUUACCGCUCCACCUCCUCCUCCUACACCCUCCAGGCACCCUCGGGUUGAGACUCCGCCCGCACCUGUACAAACCAACAGUCCCAUUCAGAGUAAAACACACACGUGGGUAGGCGCUCGCCACGGAGACCUCUCUGAAUGGGGCCCUUAUUCAGGUUUUAGCUCAGAAGAAGAUGCACCUGCACCCAAACACAGGAAGAGGACGUACAUGAACCAGCCACACCUGCGCUUCGAAAUCACCAGCGAGGACGGAUUCAGUGUGAAGGCUAACAGCAUAGAGGGUAAGAGCUGCGUGUGUUCUGUCCUUAGCUCUGAAUAUGUUAACAAAGCUAACCUAGUAGCUGACCUAACUAUCUUCUAGGUGUGUUGUGCUUGGGACACUGUUUUGGAGCUGGCUUAUAUCGUAACCUAAAACUAAAACGGAGAAAAGAAGUGAAAAAUAAUGUCAGAAUCUGAAACUAAACAACAACAACAUAUCCUUUCAGGAAAAACAUCAUGUUAUCAUAGGGACUGAAAUAAUACUGCCAAUUUUGGUUACAUUAAACCUCUGGCUUGAAGAGCCUUGACAUUCCAGCAGAUGGCGCUAUGCUGCAAUUGCUUUAAUCCCUUUUUAGUUUUUUGCAUGAGUAAUUAAAUAACAAGAACAUUAUUUAAAUAUCCUGCAUUAAGUUUAAGUUUUUCAUCUUAGGUCUAGUGUUUUCUUCUGGGUGUAUUGGUGAAAUAGUAUUUAAGAUGAUUACAGAAUUAAACGUUUGUGAACACUUCCACACUGUUCUUAACAAUAUUUUAACUAAAACUACUGUUAAUCUUAGCAUGAAUUAAAGCAUUUGAGACGAGCAAAACAAGAGUCUGGUCAGCUUGUGUGCAGUUUAGUCCUCACACCCUCUUA